AUCGCGCGGUGACGUAGCACCGAACGGUGGGUCAGUGGUGUUCUUGCAGGAGUCAGUUCUAUACUGUAACAGUGCAGCUACCUGCAGUGGAGUUUCGGCGGUGCAUGGUUCACGUAUACAGUGGGAAGCACAGAGAGACCAUGUCCAAGCAUCACAGGACACCCGCCAGAACUAUGGAUAAUCUUAUCGAAGUGAAAAGCAAGUUCGAUGCUGAAUUCCGAAGAUUUGCUCUAAAACGUUCCAACAUUGGAGGUUUUCAGGAAUUUUACCAGCUGAUCCAAGCCGUGCAUCAGAUCCCGUACGUGGACGUAUUGUUGGGAUAUACGGACAUUCACGGGGAUUUGCUGCCCAUCAACAACGAUGACAACUAUCACAAAGCGGUCUCGUCUGCCAACCCCUUACUGCGAGUCAUCAUUCAGAGACGGGCUGAAGGAGACUGUGGAGCAUUUGGAACUAAUUCUCUCCUACGCAAGAAGAAAGGUCUUCAUGUCCUUCGCCCUGUCCAUCACAAGUCAAAGCCUCACAUCUUGAUUGGAAUGCCUCAGGAUUUCCGUCAGAUCUCUUCCAUUAUUGAUGUUGACAUCCUUCCAGAAACCCACCGCAGAGUUCGUCUUCACAAACACGGCUCUGACAAACCGCUUGGAUUCUAUAUUCGUGAUGGGGUGAGUGUCCGGGUAGCCCCCCAAGGAGUGGAGAAGGUCCCAGGAAUCUUCAUCUCGCGGCUUGUCCGAGGCGGCUUAGCAGAGAGCACAGGCUUGCUCGCAGUAAAUGAUGAAAUACUAGAGGUGAAUGGAAUUGAUGUCGCUGGGAAAUCACUGGACCAAGUGACUGACAUGAUGGUGGCGAACAGUCACAACCUCAUCAUUACUGUGAAGCCAGCAAAUCAACGCAAUAAUGUCAUUCGCAGCAGCAGGGCCUCUGGCAGCUCUGGUGUUUCAACGGACAGUAGUCCCAGCCAGCAUAACGUUAUAUCAACCUCACACUAUGCUAACCACUACAGUACAGCAGAAGGAGAGAGUGAAGAUGAAGGAGAUAUAAUAAUUGAAAAUGACAUGCCAUCAUACAUUCCAAAAACUGUGUUCCCAAAUUACAUCAAUGGAGAUCUAACAAAAAAGCUGCAGCAUAACAUCAACCUGAACAGCCCACUGUUAGACAGCAAAGAAAGCAAAUAUAAAGGGUCCUUAAACUCUUUGAACACACACAAUGAUGGUUCCAGCAAAAUAAGUUCAGGCCAUGGAAACAUGCGAGAAGAUGGAACAAUGAUAACACUAUAGAUGAUUUUCCUUUUAAUCACUUUUUAAAAAAUAUAGUAAAGCAUUCAGAAUAACAUUUCCAAGUCAAUUCAUGGUUGACUCUGACUUGAGCCUUGUUAAGGAGGUUGGAAUCCAAUUAACACAAAUAUCUGAUGUAAAUGGUGAAUUUGGAGGAGAAAACACUUAUGAAAGCAAGAGAAAAAUCACAAUCAUUCUUGUAUGAAGGAUCUUUCAGAAACUGUGCUUAUUCACUUUGUUUCAUUUUCAAUGGCAAUUAAAUGCCCAAGAUUCUGUUCAAAAGCCAACCUCCUGAACUGGUUCCUGUUUAAUAAAACUGGAAUGCAUCACUUUACAAAGUUACAUUUGAACAGAUGUUACCUGCAAUUGGAGACAAAUGUAUCUUGUGAAAUUGCAAUACAAGUGUUUUUAAAAAUGCAGGUUCAAUAACUCCAUAUCAUGGAACCUGCCCAUUGCGUCAGUGACCUCAUUGUUACAAAUGUAAACUUACUUACAAACUACUUAUUCAGCGUUAUUUGCAUUUAUCUGAUUUGAGAGCAGGAGUCCCCUUUUUUCCUAUGGAAAACAAUUAUGAAACUGAUUAAAUGUGGACAGAAAUUUCUGUGGAGCAAAAUCCUUUUGUGAAGUAGCUGUUCUGCUCCCUAAAAGAAUAUUUGAGAGCUUUGCGAUUUUUAAAUGUGGAUUUCUUGCUGUAAAGCAUAUUUUUUCCCCAUUUUUGGUGUUAUGAGGGUGUCCUGUAUAGUAUUCUUUUAACCUACCUAUAUCUUAAAUUUUAAGAAACUCUGCUGGCUUCCACACCCUUUUUACCAUGCUGCUUGACACAUUCUUUUUGUAUUGCACACAUUUGGUACUCCUUUUAUCACAGCACUAUUCAACAUUGAGAUAAGCCACUUUCAAGAAUAUUCAAACCCCAGUGUACACUUGGUGACAAAAAGCACUUUUUAAAUUAGGAUUAUUUAAAAAUGACCGAAUUAUUUAAGGUUCUUCAGACCACUAUAAAUAAGUUAACAGUUGAUCAAAAGUUUCUGAUUUUAACCUCUUGUCAUUAAAUGGAAACUCCUCACUGGCAAACCUGGGGCACACAUUUAGCAGUAUUGUCAUCUAAAGAACUUCUGCAUUGAAUGUAAUUGGUUUUUAUUUCAUUUUAAAUUGUGGGAUCACUUGAAUAUGAAGAAAUUUUCAUUUUUCUUUUCACUUAAAAUUUUUAAAUGUAGUGACAAAUUUUUGAAUUUUUGGAGAAGCCUAAAAUUCCCAAACAACUUUAAUACUAUCACCACAUUCAUUUCAAGCACUUUCAGCAGAGCAGCUCCACUCUAUUGCAAUAUAAUUUUUACAGCUUUAGUAAUUAUUUUAAAAUGGUAGAAGCAUUAAAUAGGAGCUUGUUGCAGAUGAUCUAAGUAACCUGGGACCUCAAUAAUAAAUGCAGAUUAUUGGAAAAGCACAUAAUCAAGGCACAGUGAUUUAAAAGAUAUCAUAGUCCAGCCUGUUAGUUUCAUGGCCUAAUCCAUUACUUUAAAUCUAGAGUCUGUAUAUUGUUGGCUGCUGGAUUAACAACAAUAAUCAACAUUUGCCUCCCUACACACUUCAAAAAGUAAGAAGCACAAUGACUCUGCAGUUUUCAUUAGCUUCCUGUAGAAUGAACAGCUUUUGUUUUCUUUCAGAAUAACACCAGGACUGCCAAAAUCUCUGAAAAUAUUUCCUCUACUUAGUGCUGCUUAAGUGAGGAUGAAAACCACCAUGAAAGUGCUUUUGGGAAUUGUAACUGCAAUCAUCCAAAAACAUACUUGUAGGCACAAAAUGAUUGUUUUGACCAUCAUUUUAACUGCAUUUAUUGCCAUUGUUUCUCUUGCACACCACAUUUAAAAAAUUUUCUCUGGUAGUUCUGAGCCAGCAGGGUUCAAUGGUGGGGUACGAAUUUGCUGAUUUUUAUUUUUAGACCAUGUAUGUAUUUUUGAUUUGUUAUGCAUAAAAUCUGUUUGGUAAAGAGGGCAAUUUUAUCUAACUGGGGAUAUUUUGUAAUUUUUUUAUGAAAUGAGGGCAGUAUUUUUCUUACUUUUUUGUAUUUGACCCCACUCAAUCCUUAGUCUCCAUCUGCCUUCCCUAAACUACCUUGUAUUUAUCUUAUUUAACAGAUGAGCAGUCUUAAGUGCAGACUGCAGAACAAUGCGAAUGUUCCAUAGAUGUAUGCUGAUUAUUCAAAUAAAAGUUCUAACAUGCACC